GUUCCGGCGAAGGGGGAGACGAAGCAGGAUUGCUGCGUGAAAACAGAGCUGCUGAGGGAAGAGCUCUCUAUGGCAGCUGAUGGAGGCUCAGCAGAGAAGCAGGGAGGAGAGGCCCCUGUGGCCGCAGACAGCGAAGCCAACGGGUCCUGUGGAAAGAGCGAGGCUAGUGGUCACGUGACUGCAGCACAGCACACUCAGGAGAACACGGUGGUCAGCCCACAGGAAGGUACCAACAGACUAGCCCGGAUAGCUGAAAAUGGGGUUUCAGAAAGAGACAGUGAAACGGGGAAGCAAAACCACAUCAACACAGAUGACUUCACACAGACUUCUGUCAUCGGGAGCAAUGGGUACUUCUUGAAUAAACCACCCCUGCAGGAGCAGCCCAUGCGGAUUACCAGCACUUUGGCUUCCUCGCUUCCUGGUCAUGCUGCGAAAACCCUUCCCGGAGGUUCUGGCAAAGGGAGGACUCCCAGUGCUUUUUCUCAGACGCCAGCCACAGCGCCGGCCAAGCUCGGGGAAGCAAGUAAAGACGCAGAGGACAAGAAGCCCACGGCCCCUGGUGCCGACGUCAAGGUUCACAGGGCACGGAAGACCAUGCCAAAAUCCAUCCUGGGCCUGCAUGCAGCCAGUAAGGAUCCCAGAGAAGUUCAAGAAGCUCGAGAUCAUGAGGAGCCAAAAGAGGAGAUCAACAAAAAUCUUUCUGAUUUUGGACGACAGCAGCUUUUACCCCCCUUCCCACCCCUCCAUCAGUCACUACCUCAAAACCAGUGCUACGUGGCCACCACAAAGUCACAGACAGCUUGCUUGCCUUUUGUUUUAGCAGCUGCAGUAUCUCGGAAGAAAAAACGAAGAAUGGGAACCUAUAGCCUGGUUCCUAAGAAAAAGACCAAAGUAUUAAAACAGAGGACGGUGAUUGAGAUGUUUAAGAGUAUAACUCAUUCCACUGUGGGUUCCAAGGGCGACAAGGACCUGGGCGCCAGCACCCUUCACGUGAAUGGGGAAAGCUUGGAGCUGGACUCAGAGGAGGACGAGUCGGAGGAGCUUGAUGAGGAAGAGGAGCAGGGGGCCGAGCAGGCUGCUGCAUUUCCCACAGAGGACAGCAGGACCUCUAAGGGGGGAAGUGUGUCAGAAACUGACCGCACCCAGAAGACGGACGGCGAGUCUGAAGAGGAGCAGGAGUCAGCCGGCACCGGGGAGGAAGACGAGGAUGGAGAUGAGUCCGAUCUGAGUUCUGAAUCCAGUAUCAAGAAGAAGUUUCUCAAGAGGAAAGGAAAGCCUGACAGCCCUUGGAUCAAGCCGGCUAGGAAACGGAGGCGGAGAAAUAAAAAGAAGCAAAGCGGUGUGCUGGGUUCCGAAGCAUAUACGUCAUCUUCAGGAAGCGCAGAGCAAACGGCGCCUGGAGACAGCACUGGGUACAUGGAAGUCUCUCUGGACUCCCUGGAUCUCCGUGUCAAGGGGACGCUGCCCUCACAAGCAGAAGGGCUGGCCAAUGGUCCCGACGUGGUGGAGACAGAUGGCCUUCAGGAAGUGCCCCUCUGCAGCUGCCGGAUGGAAACCCCGAAAAGCCGAGAGAUCACCACUCUGGCCAACAACCAGUGCAUGGCUACGGAAAGUGUGGACCACGAACUGGGCAGGUGCACCAACAGCGUGGUCAAGCAUGAGCUAAUGCGCCCGUCCAGCAAAGCCCCACUCUUGGUGCUUUGUGAAGACCACCGGGGCCGGAUGGUGAAGCACCAGUGCUGUCCCGGCUGUGGCUACUUCUGCACAGCGGGUAAUUUUAUGGAGUGUCAGCCUGAGAGCAGCAUCUCCCACCGCUUUCACAAGGACUGCGCCUCUCGAGUCAAUAAUGCCAGCUACUGUCCCCACUGCGGGGAGGAGAUCUCCAAGGCCAAAGAGGUGACCAUCGCAAAAGCAGACACGACCUCCACCGUGACGCUGGCCCCCGGGCCGGACAAGAGCUCCUUGGUGGAGGGCAGGGCUGACACGACCACAGGCAGCACUGCUGGACCACCGCUCUUGGAGGACGGCAAGCCGCAGGGCACAGCCCCCCAGGCAGCCGAGGGCUUCGACCCCACGGGGCCUGCCGGGCUGGUGAAGCCGGCCCCCGGCCUUUCCCAGGGACCAGGGAAGGAGACCUUGGAAAGUGCUCUGAUCGCUCUGGACUCGGAAAAACCCAAGAAGCUUCGCUUCCAUCCGAAGCAGCUGUACUUCUCCGCCAGGCAAGGAGAGCUGCAGAAGGUGCUGCUCAUGCUAGUUGAUGGGAUCGACCCCAACUUCAAGAUGGAACACCAGAGCAAGCGCUCCCCGCUGCAUGCCGCCGCAGAGGCCGGCCACGUGGACAUCUGCCACAUGCUGAUUCAGGCGGGCGCGAAUAUUGACACCUGCUCAGAAGACCAGAGAACCCCAUUGAUGGAGGCAGCAGAAAACAACCAUUUAGAUGCAGUGAAGUACCUCAUCAAGGCCGGGGCCCUCGUGGAUCCUAAGGAUGCAGAGGGCUCCACCUGUCUGCACCUCGCUGCCAAGAAGGGUCACUAUGAUGUAGUUCAGUAUCUGCUUUCAAAUGGACAAAUGGACGUCAACUGUCAGGAUGACGGCGGCUGGACACCCAUGAUUUGGGCCACUGAGUAUAAGCAUGUGGAGCUCGUGAAGCUGCUGCUGUCCAAGGGUUCCGACAUCAACAUCCGGGAUAAUGAGGAGAACAUCUGCCUGCACUGGGCUGCGUUCUCGGGCUGUGUGGACAUAGCCGAGAUCCUCCUGGCUGCCAGGUGUGACCUCCAUGCCGUGAACGUCCACGGAGACUCGCCCCUGCACAUUGCUGCCAGGGAGGACCGCUACGCCUGUGUCCUCCUCUUUCUUUCUCGGGAUUCAGAUGUCACCUUGAAAAACAAGGAGGGAGAGACGCCCCUGCAGUGUGCAAGCCUCAACUCCCAGGUGUGGGACGCACUGCAGAUGAGCCGGGCGCUGCGAGACGCAGCCCCCGACAGGCCUGUCCCGAUGGAGAAGACGGUGAGCAGAGACAUUGCUCGAGGCUAUGAGCGAAUCCCCAUCCCGUGUGUCAAUGCUGUGGACAGCGAGCCGUGCCCCAGCAACUACAAGUAUGUUUCUCAGAACUGUGUGACGUCUCCCAUGAACAUUGACAGAAACAUCACCCAUUUGCAGUACUGCGUGUGCAUCGACGACUGUUCUUCCAGCAACUGCAUGUGUGGCCAGCUCAGUAUGCGCUGCUGGUAUGACAAGGACGGCCGGCUGCUGCCGGAGUUCAACAUGGCGGAGCCGCCUUUGAUCUUUGAGUGCAACCAUGCCUGUUCCUGCUGGAGAAGCUGCCGGAACCGAGUCGUGCAGAACGGCCUCAGGGCAAGGCUGCAGCUCUACCGGACACAGAACAUGGGCUGGGGCGUGCGGUCCCUGCAGGAUAUCCCCCUGGGCACCUUCGUCUGCGAGUAUGUCGGGGAGCUCAUCUCUGACUCGGAAGCUGACGUUCGGGAAGAAGACUCUUACCUCUUUGAUCUUGACAACAAGGAUGGCGAGGUAUACUGCAUCGAUGCUCGGUUCUACGGGAACGUCAGCCGCUUCAUCAACCACCACUGCGAGCCCAACCUGGUGCCCGUGCGCGUGUUCAUGUCACACCAGGACCUGCGGUUUCCCAGGAUUGCCUUCUUCAGCACCCGCCUGAUUGAGGCUGGGGAGCAGCUGGGGUUUGACUAUGGGGAGCGCUUCUGGGACAUCAAAGGCAAGCUGUUCAGCUGCCGGUGUGGCUCCCCCAAGUGCCGGCACUCCAGCACGGCCCUGGCGCAGCGGCAGGCCAGCGCCACCCAGGAGGGCCAGGAGAAUGGCCUGCCUGACACCAGCUCCUUCACCGCCGACCCCCUAUGAGUGGCAGC